GCGCCCGGGGGCAGGGCUCCGCAGUGAGAGUGGCAGCUGGACUUGCCAGGCUGCGAGGGACAGGGUGCAGAGCCGCAGUGCCGUAGUAGCGGGCAGCCGAGCUGGACCGCUGGCGAACGGCGGAUCCCAGGCAGAGGCUUGAAGCCUGGGAGCUGCUUACCCGCAGGCGGGUUGCCUGAGCUGCGCGGCGCGUUCUCGGGCUACCAUCCCCCUCCCCCGAGCGGCCCGAACGGCCCGCGCGGGCGGGAGGCCGCCUGCACGCCAGCUUCGGUCCCCUUUCUGUCUCUCGGUUCCUCUUUCCUCCCAAGUAAGGGAAUAAACUGUGAGGAAGGAGCGCCCCGGGCAACCGCGCAACCAAGUGUUGCAUGGUGAGGAGAGCCAGGAUUCUGAAUUUGCCUUGACCUCUGCUUAAGGAUGUCCUAGAGAAAUAGCAGAGGUCUCCUCUCAGCUGCCAUGACGUGCCCGCUGCUGCCAUAGAUGCGUGAGUGCCCUAGGAGUCUCUGGAAGGGCAUAUCCAUUGUCCACCUGCAAUGAGCCAGGCCCCUGGCCAGGCCUCGGCUUCACACAGCUGAACAAAACUCUGUGCCUGGCCUCAAGACGCUUACAUCCGAUUCAAAGAUGAGUGAAGAGCGCUGGGUGUCUCUCACUUCGGAAGAAUUUGACCAACUCCAAAAAUACUCGGAAUAUUCCUCCAAGAAGAUAAAAGAUGUCUUGGCUGAAUUUAAUGAGGGUGGGAGCCUCAAGCAGUAUGAUCCACAUAAGCCGAUUAGCUAUGACGUCUUCAAGCUGUUCAUGAGGUCGUACCUGGAAGUAGAUCUUCCUCAGCCGCUGAGCACGCAUCUCUUCCUGGCCUUCAGCCAGAAGUCCAGGCAGGAGACCCCAGACCACUUGAAGGAGGAGGCCAGCAGCAGUGAGCCCAAUGGCCCAGAUUCUGAUACACAGAAUGCAGAUAAUGCUGCCAAAGCAGACGAGGCCUGUGCCCCUGAUACCGAGUCAAAGGUGACUGAGAAGCAAAUACCAGCUAAAAGCCAAGUGGCUGCAGCCCCCCUGGGAGACCCCACUGCUGAACUUUGCAGCUCAGAAUCCCCUGUCGUGUACCUGAAGGAUGUCAUGUGCUACCUGUCCCUCCUGGAGACCGGGAGACCUCAGGAUAAGCUAGAAUUCAUGUUUCGUCUCUAUGAUUCGGAUGAGAAUGGACUCCUGGACCAAGUGGAAAUGGAUCGCAUUGUCAACCAAAUGCUGCAUGUUGCCCAGUACCUGGAAUGGGAUCCCACCGAGCUAAGACCUAUAUUAAAGGAGAUGUUGCAAGAGAUGGACUACGACCGGGACGGCUUCGUGUCUCUGCAGGAGUGGGUCCAUGGAGGGAUGACCACCAUUCCACUGCUGGUCCUCCUGGGGAUGGAUGAGACUGUCUCCAAGUGGGACGGGAGGCACGCCUGGACCCUGAAGCAUUUUAAGAAGCCAACCUACUGCAACUUCUGCCACCUCAUGCUGAUGGGGGUCCGGAAGCAAGGCCUGAGCUGCAUUUACUGUAAAUACACAGUCCACGAACGUUGUGUAUCCAAAAACAUCCCUGCGUGUGUCAAAACGUGCUCAAAAGCCAAAAGGAGUGGCGAGGUGAUGCAGCACGCGUGGGUGGAAGGGAACUCCUCCGUCAAGUGUGACCGGUGCCACAAAAGUAUCAAGUGCUACCAGAGUGUCACCGCGCGGCACUGCGUGUGGUGCCGGAUGACGUUUCACCGCAAAUGUGAAUUAUCAACAUUGUGUGACGGUGGCGAACUCAGAGACCAUAUCUUGCUGCCCACCUCGAUAUGCCCCAUCACCCGGGACAGGCAAGGUGGGAAGUCUGACGGCAGCAGUGUAGCAGCCAAGGGCGAACUUGUAAUGCAGUAUAAGAUCAUCCCCACCCCGGGCACCCACCCACUGCUGGUCCUGGUGAAUCCAAAGAGUGGAGGGAGACAAGGAGAAAGGAUUCUUCGGAAAUUCCACUACCUGCUCAACCCCAAACAAGUUUUCAACCUGGACAAUGGGGGACCCACGCCAGGGCUGAACUUCUUCCAUGACACCCCAGACUUCCGGGUGCUGGCUUGCGGAGGGGACGGCACGGUCGGCUGGAUUCUGGAUUGCAUUGACAAGGCCAACCUUACCAAGCAUCCACCGGUGGCUGUCCUGCCCCUGGGAACAGGAAACGACCUGGCCCGGUGUCUCCGCUGGGGUGGAGGUUACGAAGGGGGCAGCUUGACAAAAAUCCUCAAGGACAUUGAGCAGAGCCCCUUAGUGAUGCUGGACCGCUGGUAUCUGGAAGUCGUCCCCAGAGAGGAGGUGGAGAAUGGAGACCAGGUCCCGUACAGCAUCAUGAAUAACUACUUCUCCAUCGGCGUGGAUGCUUCCAUCGCACACAGAUUCCACAUGAUGAGAGAGAAGCACCCUGAAAAAUUCAACAGCAGGAUGAAGAACAAACUGUGGUACUUUGAAUUUGGCACCUCAGAGACCUUUGCAGCCACCUGCAAGAAGCUCCAUGACCACAUAGAGUUGGAGGGGAAGAGAUGUCUGGGCCUUGAUCUUUUCUGGAACCUUCUCAGCUUGGGCAGAUAAAGCCUCUCAGAGCCCGAAGUAGGAAGGUAGGAAUUGGCCAUUAGUCCAUCCACCUGGUCACCAUGGCUGACAUGGUAGGGAGGGCCAGGGAUAUAGCUCAGUAGCACAGCACCUGCCUGGCAAGCACAAGGUCCCGAGUUCAAUUCCUGAUACAAAAUAGAAAGAGUUGGGAAACUGGGGAAAACAAAAGAAGUGACCUGAUGAUGUACCACAGCCUAGAGUCAAAAGAAAGCUAGGCUCAAGGACCCUUUUCCCGUCCUCCAGGCCAGUAUCCUCCUCAUUGCGAGGCCCUUACCUGUUCACGUUUCCUUUUCUUGAGCAUCUACCACUUCCCACAGCUCCACAGCCCUCUACUUCAUCCGUGACUCCCCGCCCCCUCCUACUAGGUGUGCUGACCUGUUUUCCUGAUUCUAGAACUAACCCAGCCGCAUGGUAGAGCAUUUUAAAAGGCAAGAAAGGCAAGAAACCCACCAUCUCCCCAGCCAGAGAUCAGCACCAUUAGGAUGGUGGCUUCAUCUCAAUCUCCAGAGUAUUAGCCUUUGUUUCUGUAGCCAAGCACCCUAAGAACCUCUGGGAUAGUUUUGUUAAUGUUCAUCUGUCUUCAAACACAGCACCAAUGUCCUAGCUCACUGCGUCUUUCAACCUUGUACUGAUUGUAGGUUUCCAUCCAUGAGAAUUGUUCUGCUGACUAAGGAGAAGUUGUUUCUGUUAAUUUUCCCUUAUGAGGUCCCAUUGUUUGCUUGCAGCUUGACACAUAACUUUUUCACUCUCCUAAAUGACUGACCCUCUUUUUUUAUUUUAUUUUUUCAAAUGUACACCCUGGAGUUCACGUCAAGCCUCUAUUCAUCCAUAUGCUUUUAUCUCUGUUUUUUCUGUUUCCUUUGUUCUUAGUGAAUUGCUUUGAUUUGCUUUUGUCUUUAGACUCCUCAUGAUGCGUGCUUUGUGUCUUUCAAGGACUUCGGAGUAACUUUUUGCGGGGGAGUAACUUUUAAGAUGAAGUUUUAGGCCACUCUGUGAUAAAUGUAAAUGACAAGCAAAUGACUGAGUCCGGAAUGAUGUCAUUUUAAUGCUGAGAAGUGGGCCAUAGCUAGAGGGAGAAAAAAGUCUUAGGUCUACAUUUUCUCAAGGUAGUUGGUCAUUACACAGCAGGUUUGGUCAACAGGGCCCCAGAAGUCCCUGGGGACAGAGGCUGGGAGUCACAUGACUUAUUUGUUCCCCUCAACAGAGGGCUAACCUCUGCCCUGCAAGGCUUAGCUUUCCAAUCACCAAGAUCCCUUGGUAAAAGAAUAACUUUCCCCCAAGCAAUGUCUACCAAACAAGUACAUCUUCUAUCUGAUAAUAAAUUGAGAGGCAUGCCAGCGGGAAAUGUACUCAAUCUUUUAGAUGGUUAGAGUAUUGAAAAGAAUUUGUGAUAUUCCUCACCACAUUCUGGAGAUUUGAGAACCUCAGAGAGGAGACACAUUCCAAUCUUUUUUUUGCCUAUACAACUGGACUAUUAUAGAGACAUACAAUAAAAUAUAUAAAUAUGCUCUGUUGGCUAUAGCAAGAAGGUCUCUUUUUUCUAACAUAGCAUGUAAGGUCAUAAACCUGCUGAUCCUAGUCCUAGAAGAGAAAUUUAAAAGGUAGAAGAAUUGACUCUUUAAGGAAGGGCAAAGAAUCUAACAUGGGAUUGACUAAAUACCCCUGUGUUGCUAUAUGUGUUAUAUCUGAAAUCUGUUAGGAUUCAAAGAUUGAGGACAAUCUCAGGUACUCACUGAGCAAUUUGCAUGUGGCAGACUCUAGCCUUGGAACUUUCAUCCACUUUUAUUUAUUUAAUACUCGUAUAGCAUUGCAUAAUAUGUAUAUUCCACUAUUGUAUCAGAAUACUGAGUCUAAUUUUGAUAAGUGAAUAUCCAAGAUCAGAUGCGUUCAAGCAUAAAUCUGUGAUCCCAGCCCCACCCCACCCCUGUACCUCCCACAAUGCCAGGGUACCCCCAGCAGGAGGUGGCUUCCUGAGUUACAGGUUUGCUUUUCCCCUUAAUGCAUGUAUGCAUUUCAUUGAUAGCAGAGUUCGCAUGCAAAACUUGCCAAUGCAUGAAGCAGUCAGCUGCCCAAAGUGAGAACUUUCUCGUGUAUUUUGUAUCCCUCCACCCAGCACAGUGCACAAGAUGAACUAAUUCUUCAGUAGUUACCACUUGAUCGUUAGAACUGAACCAAAGUGUGAAAACCCCAUGUUUAGAGUGACCAGUAAUAGAAAUGACCACUUUGACCAGCCUCCAGUCACACCUUUUUGUUAGAAGCCACCAGAAUAAAGGGGACCCAAUCUGCUCCAUUUGGUACUCAAAGUGGGUCGGGGGCAGAGCUUGCAGCCUGGCACUCCGGCCUUCUAACUCUGCAGCGGUGAGUGGGAAGACUCUCUCCCACGCCCAACUCUGAGCCGUUGCUGGGAUCUUUGAAGGUAACAGAGGGGUCUGGGACAGCUGUGAACCAGGACAGGAAAUGCCAGGGUUCUCCCACCUCUUUCCCACUGAACAGACUUAAGACAGUGAGUGGGCAGAGCCCAUCUGGAAGCAAGGGUGCCAGGCGGCUGUGAGGCUAGAGGAAAUGACCCUGCAGGACGAAGAGGGAGUCUCUCUUCUGAGCCCUUCUCAUUGCCCAGAGGGUACUGCCCCUGCACCCUGCCAGGCCCUCCGGCCAUCACUCUUGCUCUGGCUACAUGAGAGUUGGAUCCCUCGUAAAGCCCCAUCCAGCCCAGACUGGCUUCAGCUUCCCCAGACAGACAGCAAAGCCUGCUAAUCUGCACCCCAAGCAAGAAUGCCUGAAUACACCAGGGUUUUUCUAAGCCUGGGGAGGGUGGAGCAGCUGAUAGGAAAUGGCUUUGCCCUCCGUCCAAAUCUGAGGCAACCCACCACCGUGAGCUCUGAGAAACAGCAGUUUUGUUUUGGAAACUGGCACCCAGUGCAGCCUCACUCCUGGAAAUGAGUUUGGUUCCCCCAUCCCCAGCUGCAGCCUUCUACUUCCAGCCUCGCUGCCAGCACCCCCUUCCAGCUGCCCCUCUCAAAGGCACUAUUGUGCCCUUCUGGCACCGCAACAGAGGAAGGCUAAAGAGGAAGCAAACAUUUUCUGCCCAUGGGAUGUUCUUUAGCAGGUUGUGUGUACAUGGCUUCAACACCGCAUUCCUGGAGCCCACACAGACCUGCCAGCACUCCCUGGGCCCUGUCGCAGAUGGUAGUGGCUGCCAGCCUCAAUGGCCCCCCCGAGCUUCUCAUCCAAGAACACAGAGCACACAGCUGGGGUGGACAAGGCUGGCAACACAGGGGAGGCGAGUGCCACGGUGACACUUUCUCAGGGCAGCACCCUCUCGCCAGCCAAAGCAAAUUCUGAACUUGGAAUCUCAGAACUGAAAGGAGAUUUAGUCCCACUUACCACUCAAUAAAAGAUUCGUUCUAGCACAUGCUAAUCUCUGGGCCUUCAGUGCUCACUGCUUCUCCAAAAACCUACCCCAUGGCUGGACAGCACUGACUCUCCUAACAUUGUACAAGGGUUGUAUGUUCCAUUUCUUACUGUCUGCUUCCCUAGUCAGCACUCGGCACAAUGCUUGGAACAUAAUAGUUGCAUAAGAGGCAUCCACAGAUGCCCGACCUAAAUCCCUAUCCAUCAGGAUCCUUUUCAUCCUUCAGGGUCACAUGAAACAUACCUCCUCCCUCCUCCAGAUGACUGCCCUUCACAAGGCUGGAGGUGUCUCUGACACAUUGUCUUGCAUUGAUCUUCACAGAGCUACACACCCCUGGCUCCUCAUGUGCCUCCAUAUACAGGCUCAAAACUAACCUCACAGCUCAUCUCUUGACAUUUUUUUGCAGUAUUUUCCUUAAAAUGACAAAUUCAAAUGCCUUGUGUCCAGAAUAUGCUAAAUGUAGUCUCAAAGGUAACAGCAAAAGCAUAACAGGCAUCAGGUAUGCAUUCUCUGAGUUAGGCUGGCUCCUUGUUCCUGCCACUUGUAUCUCAUGCAGAAAACCUCAAGGCACAAACCUCAAUAAAUGUGGGAAAGGACAACCUUCUUUAUUAGUAAGGCUGGGUCAGUGUUUCCUCAUCUUCCAAAAGGAGGUUACCAACACUGGUAUUGCAAGAUUAUAAAGAUAAGAAGCAUCUGCUUCAUAACACUUAAUAAAGUGACAUAUGUUAAUAUUAUUAAUAGUGUGCUUAUAUGUGAGUUAACUGUCCACAACAGUCAUCAGCUCCUAAGAUAAUGUAAAAGAACCACUCUGAAUUUGCAGGAAGCCAAUGUCCUAGAAGACUUACCUCCAUGCCCAGCCAGCUUUUGCAGGUGGAUAGUACUAGACUGUCUUUCCAGUAACGUUAUCAGUGCCACUCGUGUAGCACUGUUUCCUCUCCUCGCACAUCAGAUGAUCAACUCUCACAGCGUUCUCUAGUUCUCCUCUAGAGAAAACAGAUAUCAUUGUCUGCCCUGGCUCUUUUUCUUUCAGUCUCAGUAAAUUUCUCCAUUCGGGCCAUCGGGCCUGCAGAUAUGAAGAUAGCUACUUCCUUUUCUGUCUCGUUGCUUGCAGCCAGUGGUGAACCUGAGCCCGCCUGCUUGCUGGUGCAUCUCUUCCCAAAUCUCAGGAAUGCCCCUGGGUGCUUUCAGAUUGGCUAUCAUGGAGGAUUUAAUAAGCUACAAUAACCAGGGUUGCUUUUUGUCUGUCUGUUUUCCUGAAAAGCCUGUUGUUAAGCAUUUAGCAGCACACCAUGCCUUCUGAGUUGACCUUCCCUGGGCACCUUGAGGACAGGGACCCUGUCCUAUUUCUGCUCCAUCCCCAUUGUCCAACAGAGAAUAAGUAGGUUCUCAUUAUUCUUGUUGGAUGAAUGAGUGCUUUGUUUUCCAUCUCCUAAUGCUUUUUUCAUAUGAAACAUGCCCAUGUGCCCUGUCUUGUUAGCAGGUGUUUGGGCACGGAUUUUCUUUCACCUCGACCAGAGAGCAACUUCAUGCAGGCUUGGAUUAACUUCCCAUAGCUCUUCCUAUGGGAUUCAGUCAGCUUUACUUGGUUGUUACAUUUAUCCAAAAACUUCGGGGGAUUUCAUCUGGAAGAAAGCAAACUUUGCCAGGUUUCUUCAAGGAACAGCUUGGUUUUUCAUCUUAAGAUUUGUCCACACAUUCAUUCUUUCAAUUCACAAAUAAUUAUACUGAACACCUGGUACAGGUAAGAUAUGCCCAGAUCUAUGAAAAACACAGAGCUGUGCACAUACGGCUCCCACCUUCUGUGAGCUUCAAGUCUUCUAAAGGACAGGCAAAUAUGCAUAGCACAUAGCAAAAUAUGCCUUCCAUUUACCAAGGGAAAAGCAAAACAAAGAAAGAGAAAGGGAAGAAGUGCUCUCAAUUAGACAAAUGGGAUUUUGCUAAACAUAAAAAGGGUGGCCAGGCAAAUUAGGCAGAAGUAGGCUCUAGCUCUGUGGCCUCUAAACAAAACAGUCCAAGCUCCCACAAGCAUCACCCAGCUACUGUUUUCCUUGGCUACCUUCUUUCCCUAUGAGGUCCAGCCUUCCAGGGUACAAGCAAAUUCAGAGAGGUCAUGUCUUUCCCAUCCACCCCGACAGAAAUACCCCCACUGUGAGUGAGCACAGUGACCCCUGUCCUUUCCUGAGCCUGCACCAUGGAGACAGAGGGGCUGGUGGUGUAGCUCAGAGGCAGAGAGUUUGUCUGGUGAGCUCAAGACCCUGGGUUCCAUCCCCAGCACUGCAAGGAGGUGGGGCAAGAAGAGUUGGUCAGGUGUAUAUCAGCCACCCCUCUGCCUUUCAGGGUCCAACCAAGAUCCUGACAUGGAGCCCAGGGAUCAAAAGAGCACCUUCACCCCCUGCCCCACUCAUCAGAACCCUGAUCAAGUGGGUCGGGAUGGGGUCCCUUCCCCACUGCAUCUGAUCUAGUUUUCUCUCAACAUGGCCGUGCAUUUCCCUACUUGCUCUUCAAAAGAGCUGCUUCCUUGCUCACAUCUCUCACUCACUGGGAAAGGAAAGGACCCCAGUAUUAUCCCCAAGCCAGUGUCCCCUAUUUCCUCCGGCAUCUUCUCUUCGAUUCCUUCUACCUCCAUCCUAGUCAUCCCCAUUUUCUUCUGCCCUUUUUAUAUUGAUCCACCCCACAGGUAUGAAUGGAGGAGCUUCCCUGACUGAAACACCCCAGAAAACCUGAUUCUCAAUCAUGUUGCCCCUUUAGAUCCCAUCUUUCCUCUCCAGUCCUGCCUACUACCAAGCCACUCGACUCCUCGGACUCUAUUUUCUUACUGUUGUCACCCCAAACACGUUAUUGUCUCUGAUUGAGACCUGGUUCUUCCUUGAAAUAACUGUUUAAUCUGACAGGCCACUUCCAACUUUGAGCCUCUCCAUUCUCAUUUUGGUAAUCAAGAGUGAUCUCCAGUGUUCUGUCUGGCUUCCCAUGCUGAGACUCUGUGCUUCGGCCCUCAUCCAGGGGUCAGCAUUUCUGUUCGUGAAGUCACUCACGACUUCCUGGCUGUCAGUCCAAAUGACUGCAGGUCUGAUUCCAAGUCAGCUGACUUGCAUCAACUAUGUAACAUUGGGACAUGUUGUUGGCCUCUUUAGUUUUGUCUAUGAAAUGAGGUCAUUGGGUGACCCUUCAGGUUUCUGACUCUGUAAAAGUCAGAUGCAGAGAAGAGAGGAAGAAAGAUCUCUUUCAGAGAGUGGACAGGAAAGAAUUCAUGGAGACAACUACAUCUGUAAAGACUUGAGAGAAAUGCAUUAGGGUGCCCUCAAGGGCAUCCUGUCUGUCAUCUGAGAGGGACUGAGGUAAUGGAUCUAGGCAAGGUUCAUCACUGACUAAUUAAGAAAUAUCAUGGGAGGUUUAAACUAGUGGCACCUGAACCCAGUGAUAAAUCUGAACAUCACAAAAAGCAAAGAAGAGGGGAGGGAUAACCAAAUUACAUGUCUCUUAAUGAGAUAUAAUGGGAAGUACACAGCCCCCCCACUAGUGACAUAUUCUUGCCAAAAGCCAAUCAUGAGCCUGAUGGAGCCUCUAGAUCUAAAUUAGAAUAAUUUAGUGAAAACACAGGGAAUAGACUCAGAAUAUGUUUAAAAGCACCUCAGAGAUGUAGUCAGCAAAAUCCGGAACAUCAGCAAUGUCACAGCCUUACUUCUCCAAACAGAGUGGAUGUUAGAAAUGCAGAGUCCUGGGCCCCACCCCGGACCUCCCGAAUCAGAAUUCACAUUUUAUUAGGACCCUGAAGUAGUUUUGUGUGCAUGAAGUUAGAGGAAAAUCCCGCUUUUCAGGACAGAUGAUCCAUUUUUUUUCCCAAAAAUUAGACAAAGAAAAAAAUCUGAAAUUUGUAAAUUAUAGGACUCCCAAAGGAUACAGCACCUAAACUCAGUGUGUAGACCCUUUCAGACAUACCAGCUUUUUUUUUUUCCAAAUGAAACUCUUGAAGAAAAUUGAGCAAUUCCUGGCUAUUUGUUGAUAUUAAGGAAUUACUGUGAUCCUUUCAGAGUGAUAAUAUUGAGGUAAUUCUUUUCUUUUAAACUUGCAUUUAAAGAUACACAGGUUGGGGCUGGAGAUUUAGCUCAGCAGCACAAUGCCUGCCAGGCAUGUGUGAGGUUGUGAGUUCGAUCCCUGGUACCAAAAAAAUAAAUAAAUAAAGAUACACAGAUAUCUAUGUCUAAAAUGACAGAAAGUCGGGUAUUUGCUGUAAAACAGUUCAGUGUGAAGGUGAGAUGUGAAUUUAGCAAAAAUUCGCGUGGGUUGCUCAUUGCUCAGGCUCAGUUUAGGGCACACGGGGAUUUAUUAUUCCUCUGUUUUUCCUGUAUGUUUAAGAAAAGCCAUAAUAAAGGAUUCUAAAAGAAAGACCAAGGAGUCAUCAAAGAUGAGAGGGAUAACCUAGGCUAAGCCAAAAAGGAGAAACAGCAAGCUGAAAGAGGAAGAAAGUCCCGAGCGGCCCUGGGGCCUGCGGCCACCUCCAGCGUGGACAGCAGGAGGUCAGCGAGGCGCUGCCCUACGGGGACUGGGAAACACCAAGAAGCCUGCUCCCUGGCAUGGCGAAUCGAGGUUAGAAGAAGAGAGUCUCCUAGUUGCUAAAACAGAAACAAGUCAUCAAAUAAAUGGUGGCUUCUCCUCUCGGUGACCCUGGCAGCAGGAGGGCAAGAGAACCACCCCACCCGGGUGGCACCGGAAGUGGCAGCGUCCUGGCUCCCUGAGCUCUGUGCCUCUCUGCGAGGACAGACCAACCAUGCCAAUCCAGGUUCGGCCCGGAAUUAUGGGACCCUGGGGAUCCAAGGCACGCUUUCACGUGCUGGCCUGGUGUCACCGGCCAUCGCUGCCUCCGAGGGAAACCUUAACUGGAGGUGCUUUGUCGUCUCCGGGGACCGUGGGCACACCCGCGACAGCUGCGGGCGGACACAGAGGGGCUUCUCCAGGUUCCUAACCGGCUACUAGGCGGCUGGCACAGGUUGGCCUCGACUUACCCCACUGUCCCUCCCGCCUGGGUCCCUGCGCGCGCACCCAGGCACAAUUGGGGGGCGCGUGCAUGUGGGCAGCUGGCGACCAGAGCGUGCCACCUGCACCGCGCAGCGGGCUGCAGACACCGGGCUGCCCCUCGACGCAGCCUCCUAGGAAGGGAGCUCGGUGGCAUCUGAGAGGAACCGCACCAGUGCUGCGCACAGGGAUCGCCGCCCUCCUUGGUGUCUCCUCAGGAGAGAGGACGUCAUGAAACAGCGGGAGGAUUUAGCUCAGGAGCCCCGGGGCCCCGCGGUCCAUUUAGACGGACUCUGUUCCAUUCUGGGCUCCGCAGCUUCCCAGCUUCCCUGAGACCAGCAUUCUGGAGAUCCCGCUAGGCCAGGAACUGCGGAGCAGGGCACCAAGGCCGGGAUAGGCGAGGCUGUCACCAGCACAGCUCAUGAAAAUGCUUCCUGCAAAGCCUCGGGUAAUGGGGGAGAGACCUCAGGAAGAAGGAGACCUCAAGGCACAAAGUUGGGGACAGCGGUAAUGAUGCAGAUGACAUGGCGGCACGAGGCGUGUGCCUGUCUCUCAGAGACCAAGAAAGCCCUUGAGAUAGAGUUAGUCUUCUUCUCCCAUUUUACAGAUAAGUGAAAGCUCAGAGAGAUUAAGGGAGUAGCCCAGAAUAACAGCUGUCAAGUAACAGGGCCAAGACAUCUCUGUCUCUGUCUCCCAGCCUGAGCACACAGUAUCUAUGGCCUCUCACUUUCCAAGGAGGUGCCUUCCAAAGGCCAGGACAGUCACUGAAGGUCACCUUCAAACAGUCCCCAGGCUCCUCCCAUUUCUGUUAGCCCCAGGUACAAAGAAGGGGAAGUAUCAGAAAGCAGAGUGAGAAUGAAUGGCUAAGCCCAAGGAAGGGUUAAAUUGACCAAGUUCAGAGCUAGCACUCAGACUGGUCAUGGCUAGAGGAAGGAGACAGGGUGCCCUUAAAACCGCAGCAGGGAAGAAGGGUGGCGUGGUGGGUCACUGUUUGCCAAGGAUUGUUGCUGGUGUGUUUUUUUUGGGUUUUUUUUUUUUUUUUUUUUUUUGGUACCAAGGAUUGAAUUCACAACCUCGCCUUUGCCAGGCAGGUGCUUGUGCCAAUGAGCUAAACCCCCGGCCCUGGUGUAUACUUUUAAGAAAAAAACCUGGGGCUGGGGAUUUAGCUCAGCACCUUGCAAGCAGGUCGUGAGUUCGAUCUCCGGUACUGAUUAAAAAAAAAAAAAAAAACUGGCAGAGUCAAGAUAGAAUACUAAUAUCCAACAUUAAUGCACCACUUACAAUACAGAAUACAGCAGCAGCGAGAGAUUUCAAUUAUUCAAGCAACAGCUGGAAGUUUAAUUUUGCUGAAAGUCUAGGGUUCACAAUGAAGUGUCUAGUUUCUGCAGCCUUGAGCAAGCACCUUCCUGCUGUGAGACUGGUCUAUUAGAGGUGGCAAUAGUGCCUCCCACAUUGUGAGAGAUACUAUAGGUGCAGGACCGGUCCAGUCAGUGCCCAAGGAAGCACUCGCCCCACAUGAGCAGCAAACAGGAAGCUGCUUCUAUCAACAGUGAAAAAAUGGAGGUGACACCAGAGUAACUCUGAUCAUAAUCAGAUGAAGUGACCAACUAGGCAAGCAAGAGAUAAGAAAGAGGAUCACGCUGGGGACAGAGUUGCCAAAAGCUCAUUUGUGAUUUGGGGAACUCUAUCCUAAAUUCCUAAUUAGGAAUCACUUAUAUGAAGGGUGGGGGGAGAUAUUCCAAAAUAAAUUUCCAGCAAGUCCUUAAUGGAUCAAGAAGAAAAGGGAAAGGCGUUUGCUCUUUUAAGUCACUGUGACCACAGCGGGGAGCUCUACUUUACAGCAACUGUGCCCACAAACACAAAGACAAGAGUAUCUGCACAAAAGCAAACCAGACCUGUAAGCUUCAUACAAGUCUUAGACAAUGUUUACAGUAAACCAAAGCAACAAACAACAAAAAAAGUAAAAUCAUGGAUAGCAUAACUCAACAGUACUCUGCUAUUCUAGGAAAUCUUUUAUCUUUCCAUAUAGAGUGGGAGCUCUAAACUAAACAUGGAAGAACAGAUGCUAAAGAAGACUGCUAUGCCCAAGGCAGAUCAAGCAAGAAUUUAUUGGCUGUGGAAAAUACACAGGUACCUGAAUUCAAGCUGCUCAAUAAUAAACCUCUAGAUGUCAAUCAGGGGACACACUGACAAACCCAUAAAAGAGGGCCGGAUCUUUCCAAUGAGAAGCAAAGCAAAUGUCAUCUCAGUUUUCAAAAUCGGAACAGGAUAUGUUCUGUUUUUUUUUUUUGUUUGUUUUUCUUGUUUUUUUUUUUUUGUUUGUUUUGUUUUUGUUUUGGUCUUUAUCAGUACCGGGGAUCGAACUCACAACCGCCUGCUUGCAAGGCAGGUGCUUAUGCCGCUGAGCUAAAUCCUCAGCCCCUUUUUCUUUUUUUGCUUUUUUUUUUUUUUGGUCCAGGAUAUCUUCUGGAAAUCAUAUAAUGAUACGCUUCAAUCCCCAAUACAUUCAAGAAAACUUGAUUUACAUAUAGAUAUUAAUGACUUAAUAUGAGUUAUUUUCCUUCUUUCUUGAUGGAGAUUGUAGGGGAAUCAUUUAGAAAAUGCUGUUUGAUCUCCACACAACAUCUUAUGUUGCAUAAAAUAGAGAUCUACAGACCUAGAUUUUAAUCCAUGGUUAAUAAAUUGGAUGAUCACAGAGAAGUUUUGUAAUGUCUCUAGGCCUCUACGGGAAUGUUAGCCACCUUUCUGUUGCUUGAACAAAAUGUACAACUUAAAGGAGACGAGGUUUGUUUUGGCUUACAGUUUCAAAGGAGUCAGUCCAAGGUGGCUGGCUUUGGGGUAGAAGCGUCUUGGUGGAAGGGUGUGGCAGAUGAAAGCUGCUCACCUCUACUGCCAGAAAGCAGAGAGCAAGGGAAAGCCUGGAGAAAAGAUAGACCUUCCAAAGUCACCACCAGUGACUACUUCCUGCAGCCCCAUCCACAUGGAUUGCCCCAUUAAUGAGGUUAGUGCCCUCAUUACCCAACUGGCUUCCAACUGGAAACAUGAGACUUUGGGGGAACAUUUUCCCUCUAAACUAUAGCAAUGAGGCAUAUUCUCAGGGGAUCUCCUAAAUUCUACAAUUCAACCUUGUAAUGAAAAGUAGGCUGGUGACAGUACACUCCUUUGAGCUAUGACAAGGGGGUCAUAGAACAAAGAGCUGACUGGGCUGGAGGAGGCUUGGAGUGAAAGCUAGAUGCAAUUAAUUUAUAUUAAUGUAAAGUCCCAGGUCUAUAUAAAAAAGAAAAAACUUCGCAGGUUCAGGAUAGGGAAGAGCCUGCUGAGCAGGAUUGUGGACCUUUUAUAUUUAACAGUAAGGACAGCGGUACAGACGGCAUGUGCUGAGCUCUUCCAUGGGCUUUGCACAUUAUCUCAUUUCUGGGGCAUGAGUGUCAUAGAAUUUCAGCCCAGGAAGUGCUGGUGUCAUUGCCACCUGUCCUGUCAGAUCCUGUAUUUAGUGUUGCUGUCCUUGGGGUGGCGGGAACAAACUGAAGUGUGUGCAGAUCAGGACAGCCCAGGGGCAAGGGGUGGUGGCAGGCUAAUGUCUGAAAACUAGGACCCACAGGAGAUGAUUAGGGGAACUGACGAUUCUCAACCCAGAGAAAGCACAACCAAACUGUGGUGUGAGACGAAGGAGAAAUAAUGGAGUGAUUAAAACUUAGGUCGGGAAUAAGCUCAGUGGCACAAGCGCCUGCCUGGCAAGCACAAGGUCCUGAGUUCAAUUCUCAUCACAAAACAAACAAACAAAAACAGACAGACUUUGACUGUCCGUUGUCAAAUCUGUGUGUUUCUAUGCAUCAGUUGUGUGACACUGAGCAAAUCAGGCUCCAUUGUGCCUCUGUUUCCCCCAGUGUAAAGAGAGUGGGGUCAUGGUAACCAAUAGCAACAGCAUAAAGAUAAUCAAUGCAGGGUUUAGAAAAGCUAAUGUGGCAGAUGGCCAUGUUUUGUGCAUAGGCCCAGUGCUGUUACCAUCCUGCACAUGGUGGGCUGGUCCCAUGGAGGGGGAGGAGGAUCAUUCUGCCUUCAGAAAGGAGAAGAUGGGCCAAGGAUUUAGCUCAGUGGCAUAAGCGCCUGCUUGGCAAGAGCUGGGUUGUGAGUUUGAUCCCCAGUACCAAACAAACAAACAAAAAACAGAAAGGAGAAGAGGAUCAAUGCAUGGGAGCAGGAAGAGAGAAUAAAGAGUCACCUAAAGAGGCCUUUCAAAUCAUCCGGACUUCUCAAUGACGAAAUAAGCCCCCAGUUAGGACAGCAGCUCCUUCUGUAUCUGGGAAACACUUCAGGGAAAUGAUGAGAUAGUGUCAUUAAGAACUUGAAAGAAACCAGGAGAUGAGACCGUAUAAAGCCAAACAAGCCUCCCUUUCCAAUCCUCCUCUAUUGAGAUCGCUGGAAGGUGAGUCUGUAAGAAUUUUAGUCCCUUUUCUGUUGCUACUGCUGAAUAACCCAGGCUGGGUAAUUUUAAAAGAAUAAUGAUUAUUCCGCUCGCAGUUCCGAAGGCCCAGGGUGGAGGGAAGGAAGGGCCUUCUUGCUAGUAGGGACAUUCUACAAAGUCCAAAGGCAACGCAUGCAUCUCACUUCCUUUUUUAUUUAUUUAAUUUUUUCCCCCUCAAUAUGUGGGUUGAACUCAGGGCCUCCUCCAUGCUAGGAAUAUUCCCAGCCCUUUUAAUCUUUUUUUAUUUCAAGACAGACUCUCCAUAGUUGCCCAAGUUGGCUUUAAAUGUGUGAUCCUCCUGCCUCAGCCUCCCAAGUAGCUGGGAUUACAGACACGUACCACUGCUCUCUUCCUCUUCUUAUAAAGUCAUGUCCUCCCACACCUGUCACUAGGUCUAAUCCUGCUGACCCUCCAACAGCCCUACCUACCUCUUCAUACUAUUACAGUGGCACUUAGCUCUCAUCAUGAGUUUUGGCAAAAAUAGUCCAACCAUAGCAGUAGGGAACCUCAUGGGCCGUAGCUUCUUACUGUGUGAUUUUAUUCUUUCUUUCCUCACAACACAUAAGAUGAAGAGCAUGGUCAUUUUAGUCCAAUUCCCUGUGUUUGAAUCCCUCCUCAGUUAUUUAUCAUCUGUGUAAUCUUGGGUAAUACACUUCAUCUCUAUGGGUCCGAUUUGUUCUUCUGUAAGUGAAAUAUAUGAUUUAUAGUCCUGAGGAGGGAAAAUCAGAGCUGAAACGUUUCUUGCUGUGCUGGUAAGCUUUAUGCCAAAGCGGGCUGCUUUAGAACAGUGUGAGUCACGCAGAUUUAAGCCUGCUGGCCGUCUGUACCUGAUGGGGGAUGUGGGUGGCAGAGGUUGAGAAAGAAAUUCUGCUACCUCAGCAAGCACGUAGGCCAGAUUUUCACUUGCAAGGCAGAUACAGGAGACAGACAAAUCCUGAAAGCUUUCCAAAUCUUAAAAUCUACUUCUCACAGGAGGGAUGAAAUGAGAGGGAAUUAAGUGGCAUUUUUCUGUAACUUGUUGAGAAUCUAAUGUGUGUUGGGAUCUGGAUUCAGGGUCACUGUAAAUCUUCACAUUCAUUAGGAAGGGACAGAACUGAUGACAAUGAGCUUGAAGUGGAGAAAAGUGUGGCUGUUCCCUAGGGACCCAUCCCUAGAAUAUUUCUAGACCUAUAAAGGUCUCGCACCACCUUCCCCAGAGCUAACCAGGGCUAGAUGGCCCAUCACACUACAGUGAUUGAAGCAUUGAGCUUAAGCAACUCUGCCCAAGGAGUCAGUCUCUGACAACGACAGAGUGAUGGCUGAGGACCUGGCACGUCCUUGAAGAGAGCCCAGUCUCUUUCUCUCUCUCUCUCUCUCUCUCUCUCUCUCUC